CAAGGGGGCGGAGGUGGGGUUGCCCGGCUCUCCGGAAGGAGACGUGGCGGCGGUUGGGCCCCGGGCUGCCUGGGUGCUUAGAAGUCCCGCCGCCUCCUCCUCCUCCUCCCCCUUCUCUCCUCUAUGGGAAGAGGAGGUUGUUGCGGCGGCUGGAGAAAUCGGCAGCGGAGGAUGGAGGAAGGAGGAGGCGGCGCGCGUAGUCUGGUCGCAGGCGGGCCGGUGUUAUUGGUCCUCUGCGGCCUCCUAGAGGCGUCCGGUGGCGGCCGAGCGCUCCCCCAGCUCAGCGAUGACAUCCCUUUCCGAGUCAACUGGCCCGGCACCGAGUUCUCUCUGCCUACUACUGGAGUUUUGUAUAAAGAAGAUAAUUAUGUCAUCAUGACAACUACACAUAAAGAAAAAUAUAAAUGCAUUCUGCCCCUUGUGACAAAUGGGGAUGAGGAAGAAGAAAAGGAUUAUAAAGGCCCUAAUCCAAGAGAGCUAUUGGAGCCGCUAUUUAAACAAAGCAGUUGUUCCUACAGAAUUGAGUCUUAUUGGACUUACGAAGUAUGUCAUGGAAAACACAUUCGACAAUACCAUGAAGAAAAAGAAAGUGGUCAGAAAGUAAAUAUUCACGAGUACUACCUUGGGAAUAUGUUGGCUAAGAACCUUCUAUCUGAAAAAGAUCAAGAGUCAGAUGAAAAGGAAAAAUCAAAAGAGAUUCCCACUAAAAAUAUCGAAGGUCAGAUGACACCCUACUACCCUGUGGGAAUGGGAAAUGGUACACCUUGUAGUUUGAAACAGAACCGGCCCAGAUCAAGUACAGUGAUGUAUAUAUGUCAUCCUGAAUCUAAGCAUGAAAUUCUUUCAGUAGCUGAAGUUACAACUUGUGAAUAUGAAGUUGUCAUUUUGACACCACUCUUGUGCAAUCAUCCUAAAUAUAGAUUCAGAGCAUCCCCUGUGAAUGACAUAUUUUGCCAGUCCCUGCCAGGAUCACCAUUCAAACCCCUCACCCUGAGGCAACUGGAACAGCAGGAAGAAAUAUUAAGGGUGCCUUUCAGGAGAAAUAAAGAGGAAGAGUUGCAAUCCACUAAAGAAGAGAGAUUUCCAGCAAUCCACAAACCCAUUGCUGUUGGUUCUCAGCCUAUGCUCACUGUUGGAACAACCCACAUAUCCAAAUUGACAGAUGACCAACUCAUAAAAGAGUUCCUUAGUGGUUCCUACUGCUUUCAUGGGGGCGUUGGUUGGUGGAAAUAUGAAUUCUGCUAUGGCAAACAUGUACAUCAGUAUCAUGAGGACAAAGAUAGUGGGAAGACCUCUGUGGUUGUGGGUACAUGGAACCAAGAAGAGCAUAUUGAAUGGGCUAAGAAGAAUACUGCUAGAGCCUAUCACCUUCAAGAUGAUGGUACCCAGACAGUCAGGAUGGUGUCACAUUUUUAUGGGAAUGGAGAUAUUUGUGAUAUAACUGACAAACCAAGACAGGUCACGGUAAAACUAAAAUGUAAAGAAUCAGAUUCUCCUCAUGCUGUUACUGUAUAUAUGCUAGAGCCUCACUCCUGUCAGUAUAUCCUUGGGGUUGAAUCUCCAGUGAUCUGUAAAAUCUUAGAUACAGCAGAUGAAAAUGGACUUCUUUCUCUCCCCAACUAAAGGAUAAUAAAGUUUAGGGAAAGAAAAGAUCAUUGACAGUCAGGAUUUCUGUCCAACCAUGUGUCUCAUUGUAGAGUUCUCAGCCACUGAACCUCAUCUAAAGGAUCGUAUAAAAGGACUCUCAACCACUUUGUGAAUAUGUAUGUGUAUAUAAGAGGUUAUUGAUAAACUUCUAAGGCAGAUAAUUGUCUCACUUCUUUCAUUUUUGUUGUGUCUUAUGAACUGAUUGUGUUUCUUGCUUGGAUAAUGUGAUUCCAAAAUAAAUCUCAUCCAAGCAAUUCACAGUCCAGCCUAAUGAAAUAUCAUAAUUGUACCUAUUGAAAGUUUUAAAUAAUAGAUUUAUUAUGUAAAUUAUAGUAUAUAUAACUAGUUAAUGAACUAAAGAUAAUGAAGAAGGAAAUUGAUAGGAGGUGUUUAAAUCGGAGACCAUGUAAAAUAUGUAAAUUCUAGUGCCUGAAAUCCUUUCAACAAAUUUUUAUUUAGCAACUGCUCUCUACCAGGUAUUAAACUAGAAACUGGGCACAUAAUAGAGCCUCACAACAUUUAAGUUUUCUUCACUUCUGUUAAUCUCAAGAAACUCUUACUUGUAAGAGGUUGUUUCUCUCUUGGAACUUUUAAUCUGUUUCUUUCUCCCUGAUGUGAAUGUGUUUUUCCCCGAGGUGUAUGUAUGCCUGGUGUAGACAGACAUUCUUCUCUCUUGACUUAGAAUGGUUUACUCCAACAAAAUACACUGUGCUGGCCAGCCUUUGUACUUGUCUGCUGUAUAGUACAGAUUUUAGUUCUGGACAGUUUUACAGCACAAUAUUUAUUUUGAAGUGAAUAAAAAGUUCACAAGCAGCGUU